GGUCUGUGCAGACAUACAGAACAUCCCCAAGGAGGGAAGGUGAAGCUGUGUCUUUGUCUGAGACUGAGUGAACAUGAAAGGUCACCUGCUCCUGCCCCUCCUCCUGCUGGGGACAGUUUCUGCUCUGUAUCUGGAGAAUGAUGCCCUUUAUCUGGGCAGCCAAGAGACACAAGCAGACAUGAGCCAGGAUCUGGAAAGCUCUGGGGAACAGGAGGGAGAGUUGGCUCUGAAAGAUGUGGUGCUUGAGUCAGAAGGAGAGGGAGAAGAGGCCAACAAUUCCAGCUGUCAAGACACCUUUGAGGAUGAGGAGGCCAUGGAGUCAGACCCAGGAGCCCUAGACGAGGACUUGCAGUGCCCCAGGGAAGAGGACACAGUUCAAAUUCCACGCAGUCCUGGGUGCCAGACCUGCCGCCGCUUCCUGUUGGUGCGGACCCCAAGGAGUUUUAGGAGUGCUCAGAAUGUCUGCAGGAGGUGCUACCGAGGCAACCUCGUCUCCAUCCACCACCUCAGCUUCAACAUUCGCAUCCAGCAGUCUGCCUGUGGGAUCAACCAAGCACAGGUCUGGAUCGGAGCCUUCAUCAGGGGCUGGUUUCGGUACAGGAGAUUUCGCUGGACUGAUGGGAGUCGCUGGAAUUUUGGAUACUGGGCCGCUGGGCAGCCUGGGCAAGGGAGAGGCCGUUGUGUGGCCCUGUGCACCAAAGGGGGUCACUGGCGACUAGCUCGAUGCAAACGUAGUCUGCCCUUUGUCUGCGCCUUCUAAGCCAGAAGCACGUAGAC